AUCAAGUUUCUAGCGACGCUAAAAUGUCUUUUUUUUACAAACUUCUAUUGUUAGAAAAGCUGGAAUCGAUUUUAGUUGUUCAUUGUCACUGUCGCAAACUAUGUUUGUGUGAUCAAAAUAGGUAUAUCUUGGAUACAUUAGGCAUAUAACAAAAUCAACAUAAUGUUAAAUUUUUUGUUUUUAUUAUUUACCGUGAGUAAAAUCAGUGUUGCAAUAGCUGAGGAUUCAAAACAUUACAAAAUUUCAAUGGUAUCUUCAAACGACAAUCCUGACAAGCCGGCUAUAUUUAAUCAUGCCGAAAGCCCGGUAUGGGACCCGCGUUCGCAGAGCCUCUACUUCGUGGACGUACACCUUCAGAAUGUGCAUCGACUUGACUACACUUCGGGCAAGAUAUACACUAAACACAUCGGAUAUGGUCAAGUGAAUGUAGUGUCUCUAGUGUCGGGAUCCCGGCGUCUACUAGUGGCGGUGAGGUCUGCGUUGUAUCUUCUCGAUUGGGAUGUGGAAGGCGACAACGCGCUCCGGCUCAUCACGACCCUGGAUGAGGGACUACCAGACAAUGUCAUCAAUGAAGGCAAACCAGACGCUGAAGGAAGGUUUUGGGUCGGUACAAAAGGCUAUCAAAUAUUUGAAGACGUACUUAAUGAUAAAGCAACUUUGUACAGUAUCGAUCAGAACAAUUUUAGAAAUCCAGUAAUCCACCUUCGGCCGAUUUCAAUCUCCAACGGAUUAGUUUGGGCACUCAAUAACUCAGUAAUGUACUAUAUAGAUUCCCCCACCAUGAAAAUCGAAGCAUUUGAUUUUGACAUUCAGAAAGGAGAAAUAAGCGGUCGGCGGACUAUUAUAGACAUAUCGAACUACGGAUAUGAAGAUGCUAUACCGGAUGGAAUGACCAUUGAUGAUGGGGGACACUUAUGGGUGGCGAUUAUGUUUGGUGGCACUGUGUUACACAUCGACCCAGAUGCCAAGCUAAUAAUCCACAGCUACAAGUUACCGACUUCCCGAGUGACCUCCGUCGCAUGGGGAGGGCCCAAUUUAGACGAGCUCUUCAUUACAACCGCUCAAGACAAGGUAAAAAUAAAUGCGGAACCAUUAGAAGGCGCCAUUUUCACAAUUAGAGACACAGGCAGACGCGGUGUGUCACCUAACUACUUCCAAUUUGAUAAAGCUAACACAUAUUAAAUGUUUUGUUUUAAACUUAAUUAAAUUAAAUAGGUAUUGUUGUUUAAUGUUAUAAACGUUGUCCCCAAUUAUUGUUUUAAAAGUAAACUUAAUUUUUAGUUUUUAUUUUUUAUAAAAAAUGAAAUAAAAGUCUAGCUCGUUGGUUUUUACUUAUUCUGUAUAGUUUUUGUUGCUUCACGUACUGUCAAAUA